AUUUUUCACAGUUUUAUUGACUCGAUCCCUAAUAAUGGUGCUUCAGGAUUUGGGGAGGACAUUGACUGGGUGCCGUGGGAGAAUGCGAUCGAGAAAGCUCUAGACACUAAUAAACCAAUUUUUCUUCUAAUUCACAAGACUUGGUGUCACGCUUGUAAAGCUCUAAAGAAGACAUUCCAACAAUCAAAUGCACGUAAAGCAUUUAAGAAGCUUUCCGAAUACUUUGUAAUGGUGAACACUGAAGAUGACGAGGAGCCAUUUGAAGACGAAUAUCGGCCAGAUGGAAAAUAUAUUCCACGACUUUUGUUUCUAGAUAAAAACGGUGAUCUUCUUGAACAGUUCAAGAAUAAGAAAGCCGAGUACAAGAACUACGCAUACUAUUACUCGUCACCGGCCGAUAUCCUCAACUCAAUGAAGGAUGUGCUGCGAUUCUACGAGAUCGAGAGGAAAGAUCUGAUGCAAGAGAAACUAGAGAGGAACGCUCUAACGAACUGGUAUAACCUGUAUCACAUGUAG